AUGGGUAGCUCCAUUUGUCCCCAAUUAUUCACAUGGGAAUGUGAAGAGAUGAGUUGCUGUGAAAGCUAUCGUUUUCGGGUACUCAUACUCUUCGCCUCUAUUGGUUUCUUAUUGGCAGCACUGAUCGUUGCUGCCAUAUGGCUUUCUUUUGAAUUCAGGCCAGCUUACAGAAAACGCUUACGACAAACGGAAAUAAGUGGACAGCACCCACGUUCAGAUCUUGAAAUGCGAAGUUUCGAAGAAGCAAAAUAUUUAAGGCGAAUGUCUCAAAACAAGUAA